AUGGCCGAUGUGCUGCCCCUGUCGCGCGAUGCCCCGAAUCCCCUGCGGCCGUACUACCUCGCCCCCUCCAUCGGCCUGCCGCCCGAGCUGCCGCCGCAGACCAGCACCGCGUCCUCGUCGAGCGCGCCGCCGCCGCACCGCCCGCCCACCACCGCCGGCAGCCUGUCGAGGCCGUCGCUGGGCAGCCAGGCACGUGACAUGCUGUCCGACCUCGACUACGACAGCUACUUCCCCGGCUCGUCGCCCUCGGUCGCCGCGCACGCCAAGCAGCUGCUCGACCAGGCGCUGUGGAAUUACACGAGCGUCCUGCUGGCCCAGCCCUUCGAGGUCGCCAAGACGCUGCUGCAGGUCCACGAGGCCCGAGGGCAGCUGGCACCCGGCCUGCGCGUGAACGGCGACGAGUGGAGCGGGCGUGAGCGCGCGCGGCCGGGCAGCUUGGCGCGCCGCGGCUUGGGCGAGUUCCCUGACGACGACGACAACGACGACGACGACGACGACUCGGACGACGAUGCCCCCGGCUACUUCACCUCGACCGCGCCCUCCUCCCACGGCCUCCGCGGCCUCCGCGACCACCGCUCGCCCUCUGCCUCGCGCUCGCGCUCGCCCAGGAAGACGCUCCAGCGCAACGUCCACAGCCGCUCGCGCUCCGAGACGCCCACGCGCCCCCCGCAGACGCCCGCCCGCCGGCUCGACCUCAAGCGCGCAGACUCGCUCCUCGAGGUCAUCGCCCAGCUGUGGCAGAAGGAGUCGGCCUGGGGCGUGUGGAAGGGCACCAACUGCACCUUCAUCUACAACUUCCUGCUCAAGACCACCGAGAGCUGGUUCCGCAGCGCCAUCUCCGCCCUGCUCAACAUCCCCGACCCCGGCGCCAUGGGCGCCUCUGCCAGCGGCAUCGGCGGCCUCGACAUCAUCGACAGCCCCUCGCCGCUCAUGUCCCUGGCCGUCGCCGUCGCCGCCACAGCCAUCGCCGCCACCAUCCUCGCGCCCCUCGACCUCAUCCGCACCCGCCUGAUCGUCACGCCCAUCUCCUCCGCCCCGCGCUCCAUCUACCCCUGCCUCUCCCUGCUCCCCUCGGUAUCCAUCUCCUCCAAUCUGCUGCCAGCCACGCUGCUCCACGCCUGCAUACCAACCCUCAUCUCCUCCUCCACCCCGCUCCUCCUCCGCUCCACCCUCAGCAUCGACCCCAUCAUCACGCCCACCACCUACUCCUUCAGCACCUUCCUCUCCUCCACCGCCGAGCUCUUCGUCCGCCUCCCCCUCGAGACCGUCCUCCGCCGCGGCCAAGUCGCCGUCCUCCAAGACAACGAAAACCGCCGCCUAGCCGCCGAAUACCGCCAACCCCCGCAACCAGCCUCCUCAGCCUCCACCUCCUACUUCCACGGCUACGACCCCCAGUACUCGGAGCCCGUCCUCAAGGAGCCCGUCCUCAAGAAACCCGUCGAGGACUCCUCUCUCCGCCGCUUCCACACCAUCAUCGACCCGGGCCCCUACCGCGGCGUCCUCGGCACCAUCUGGUUCGUCAUGCGCGAAGAGGGCAUCACUACCGUCGGCCCUACCGCCUCCAAGGCGGCCAGCGCGCAGAGAAUGGGGUUCCAGCGCCCUGUGCGCACGCGCAAGGGGCAGGGCGUCCACGGUCUGUGGAGGGGGUGGCGUGUCGGUGUUUGGGGUCUCGUGGGGAUCUGGGGCGCCGCUGCCUUGGGGGGCGGUGGCGGCGAGUUUUGA